AUGGGAGGCGCGCUGCACGAGGCCAACUCGGCCACGCUGCGUCGCGCGCUGGUCGAGUACAUCGCGGCAAAGCCGGCCGUCAGCACCGACAGGCUGUACGCCGCGUUUGCCGCGCUGCCCGAGCUCGAGGUUGCCGACGAGAUGUCCGACAUGGAGGCGGCCGGCAUCAUCCACAGUGUGGAGCUGGGCGUCGCCGCGCCCAGCUUGUUCGGCGGCGGCGGCGGCGAGGCAGGCGCGAAACAGCGAUGUUUCUUUGCCGGACCAACGCUGCUGCGUGGCCGCAACGGUGCGCGCCGACCUGUCGGCGUGCAUUGUGCCGCGCCCGACGCGAAAGUGCCCACCGUCGUCGUGCGCGCCGACCAAGCGCUUGGUGUGCCUGAGUCGGUGCCGUUGCGCAAGUCACGUGCCCAGUGUCACGUGCCCAGCGUCACUGGCAGUGUUGUGAAUAUUUAG